UCUCUCUCCAACCGCGAAGAUGGACGAAUCGAGCGUGGCGCAGCAGCUCACUCAGAUGGCCGACUUCAUCCGCAAUGAGGCCGUCGAGAAGGCCUCCGAGAUCGAGGCCGCCGCCGCCGAGGAAUUCCAAAUUGAGAAAUUACAACUGGUCGAAGUUGAAAAGAAGAAGAUCAGGCAGGAAUAUGAACGGAAAGAGAAACAAGUUGAUAUCAAGAAGAAAAUAGAAUACUCAAUGCAACUCAAUGCUUCCCGAAUUGAAGUUCUUCAAGCUCAGGAUGAUUUAGUAAAGUCUAUGAUGGAGUCAGCUGGCAAAGAGCUACUGUGUCAGAGCCAAGACCAUCGAUCUUACAAGAAACUUCUCAGUAUACUUAUUGUUCAGAGCUUGCUGCGCCUGAAAGAGUCAGCGGUUAUUCUCCGCUGCAGGGAGGAGGAUCUUCAGCUUGUUGAAUCAGUUUUGGAGUCGGCAGGGAAUGAAUAUGCGGAAACAGCAAAUGUACAUCCACCUGAAAUUGUGUUAGACCGUCAAGUCUUUCUGCCGUCUGCUCCCAGUCAUUACAAGGCGCAUGACCUCUCCUGCUCUGGUGGAGUUGUACUGGCUUCACGAGAUGGAAAAAUUGUCUUCGAGAACACAUUGGAUGCUAGACUAGAACUGGCAUUCAGAAAGAAGCUACCAGAGAUCCGUCAAAGCCUUAUUGGGCAGGUGGCUGCGUCUGCCUGAACAAUUCUUCUUAAGCAGAAUGCUGCCCAGUUGCUGCUUGGCAUCUCUUGACGAUGAUUGUCCAAUAAGUUUGCCAGUAAUUUACAGGCUCAUUCUUUUGGUUGGGGGGAGAGCAUUUUGUAUACUGUUGACUCCAGACUUUCCCGUACCAUGCAAGCAAAAUAAACUGAAUGUUCAGGUUUUGGCGAUUUCGCUUCAUAAGGCAUCGAUAUGUGUAAUUAUGCCAUUUCUCCAAACACAGUUUGGUUUCUCAUUGAAAUUGUGCUCUUUGAUUGUUGUGUA